AUGCGGAGCUAUUUGAAGCCAAAUUAUUACCUUAGCCACAAUCUUACAUUCUUCAUUAUUGUGCACAAGUUGCCUUCUCCCGACAUUUCUUGUCCUGCGUGGAGUAAUUUCCUCUUUCGGCUUUACAUCUGUGACAAUUGGAAAGCAGCAACCAAAUGUCACCUACUUCACUUCUGCGAUCUUUUCUCUAGGUUCGUUGCUUUUGAGGAAUUGUUGCAGAUUUGGAUUCCGUUGGACCCAAAAAAUAAUAGAGUCUUGAGCUCAUCGACAUACCUUUUGAAGCCUUCGAAAAAAAAUACAGAGGCAAACCAGAGCGAAAGUUUUGCCUACAAAACUGUGGAUCUUUCAACAGCCGGAAAGUAUCAUACCAUAACGACAGCAAUGGCGAUGACGUCGAAGAAGGAGGGGGUGCUUGGAGCUAAUUUUAGACCGAAAUGUAACAUACGCAUAGAUAGCAGGUCGUCAUCGUUUUACAAGUACAAACUGUUAAGUCUUUUCAACUUCUUUCUUCGUUUUUUUAUUUGUUAUUAG